AUGAGAGAGAAAAAUCCUCCCUCUCUCUUCCGCCAUUUGGACUCAGCAGCACAGUCUUCAGAGGAAAUGAUCGGGGAUUCUAGCUCUGAGCCCUUCCGGCAAAAGGCGCAUCAAAAAUCUUUCUUACGAAGGAAUAUCGUGCAUGCGUUGGAGCCGCACCGCGAGGGGGGCGAGGAGGAUGCCUCGACUGUGGAUUCAAGCUCCGUCAUGUCCGAACAUACGCAACACAUCGAUAAGACCACUGAAGGCGAGAUCUCCGCUGCGACUGAGCUCGGCGGGGUGGUCCAAGAUGCUGUAUCCAAUGACGCAGAAAUGACGGGAAAUCCCUCAACGGCCUCGAGUUGGUCCGAAUUAAUCACGUUCAAUAUGUGGUCCAGACCUUACCGCUCUGAAAACCCCACCAGAGAGAGCGAGCGCACUACGCGGCAAAGCAUCAGAGACGUCCUAGGCAAACCCCCUGACAGCCCUGGUCCCUGGCUGACGCUUGAUGUCAGCAGCAUCAGAAGGAGACUCAAUAUGAAGACAAAUGCUGCCAUCAACGGCAAACUGCUUGCUAAAAGCCGAAAACAUGAACCCUUCGACUGCCUAUGUCGUCUGACAAUAUGGGACAGUCGCGAUGGCUGCGCGACACUACCGCUUGUCGCCAGAUCAUCACCCUGUCGUGUAAGCGUUGUGGAAGAUGGCGCGCAUGGGGAAUAUGUCUCUCUGGAGCUAAAGGACCCUUUCGUUGUCACGAACAACGAGCUCCUAGUUCCCAUCCUUUCGGAGGAGGGAAAAUCGGUUCUAGGAGUGAGCCAUGAAAAUUUUGUUGAAAUCAGGAUUAUACCCUGUGUCGCUGACUGUCCAUGGCCUCCAUUCCCCAUCUUGCCUAAGACCGUCGUGGACCGCUUCACUCCGAACAUGAGGAAGAUGGGCCUGGAAGAAGAGCGAGGCGCCAUUGUGGCCAGUUACGCCGACACCACACGUGCCCCUGAGCCGAAUGUCCCGCUCAGUGUGUUUUUCGUGCUUGAGGGUCACACCUACAGAACGCAAUACGGUCUCCAGGUGGAAUCAACCUGGACUUUUGAUCCCAAAUUCGCCAUCAAGCAGGGUAAAGGCUUAGACAUGGAGACAUUCUACAUGUCAAAAACCAGAGAGACCCGGUUGCUCCAUCUCCCGGAGCAAGCACCACACGGACUGGAAGUGCACUAUAUCUUCCCUGCGAAGAGCUCGGGACACGCAGGUGCUGUUCAAGCCAUCCGAAAUCCCGUCGUUCGAGGUUAUGGCUGUCCGAUAUGUGCGGCGUGGAGCACGCGCAGAUUGCAGGAACUGGUAUCCCAUUUCAAGUCCUUACAUCCGAAGUGCGUUCUCUCGACAUCAAAACUGCAAUAUGACAAGGAAACAAAGCGGUUGACCCUCGUCGAAAUCAAAGUCGACAUUUCCGCGGCCACCAGAAAGGACCAGUACGAUGAGGCCUCUAACAAGUCACCUCUACAACCUCUUUUUCAAUGUAACAAGCCUUUCAAGCUUUUUGAACCAAGUAAAACGACACUUCGAUAUCCAUUGGCAUCGCAGGUUCCUGCCUUUCGAAAAGCUGUGCGCAAAAAGACCAAACCUGUGCGCCUUCAGUCAGUGGGUGAUGAACCCGAAGAGAUCUGGGGGUCUAGUACAGAUCGACCGGUCUCUCCCGACGAAGACCCAAAGAGUGAAUCAGACGAUGAAGUCGAUCAUAGCUGGCUAAUUGCUACACACAUGCAAAGGCUUGACAUGGCGGCCGACAAACUGGGGUGGAGUGAGACCAAGUGCGAACUCAUCAAACGCUGGGACCGACACCGCAUGGAAGAACGAUUCGAGCACUCUCGAUAUAUCUCUAACUCUCUGAUCAGGUUUGCUAGGAAGCAAAGAAGAUGGUUGCGUGAAGGGGACGAUGAGCUGAAGCGAACGUUCUUUGAUUUCUUGGGCAGGUUGAAAGAACACCAUGUCAUUGACGAUAACGUUAUUGCCGAUGUUAAUGAACUAGUUUUCUACAAUCCUGCUUACCAGCAUCCUCUUCCCAGCACAGAGGUAGAAAAGGUGAAGAUACGCGAAAUGGCAAUUGAUCGUACGCUGAACGGAACACCCGCAUCUCAGCAGCAUACGUCGCUCGAGGUGAACACUCCACUCUACGAUAUGUUAAACACAGGAAGAGUCGAAGGCGCAGAGCCAUUCCCUCAGAGCUCUGAUGCUGGGCAUCCACCAUCAAACCCUCCGGUGAACGCGGACAAACGACGCCUUGCCCGGGCAAAGACAAAGCAGAAAAGUAAGGAAUCCGGAUCCCAGGGUCUCGGGAAAUCUGAUUGCGGUACUUGUCUACAGCCGAUUGAGCAUGUGCAUAGUGAAUCGGCUUAUUGCACGCUUAGAGACUGCCUGUCGCCGGCAACUAGAUACCACAAGAAAUGUGCCGUUGGCGAGUAUUUGGCUGGGCGAAAACGCCAAAUACCUGUUUGUAGAAAUUCUUACGGUCCCAUUCCCGUCGAAGACUCAGUCGCGCAAUGGAUUGUCGACCGCUAUCAAUGUCGGACGUGCCGUUUUCGGCGUUGGUUGAAGCGGAGCGUUGGCCUUGCUUCGAAACAACUGCGAAAACAGUUGAAAGAGGAGGGGGAGGAAGAGCUGGAAGAGGAGCUUGGUGAGGGGCUGGAGAAGGAGCUUGAUGAGGAGCUGGAGAAGGAGCUGGAAGAGGAGUUGAAAGAAGGACUGGAAGAAAUACCGGAAGAGGGAGUAGAGGAAGAGGCGGACAGAGGGCAGGUGAAUGAACUGAUACGGGGAUUCCUGCAGGACCUGGAGUCCAGAACUAAAAGGGGAGAAGAGGUGCCGCUAGUGAGAGAGGCAUCCUUAAGAUCCUGGGGAUUGAAGCUCUUGAAAGCAAGGAAAGCCGAGGCAAAGUGGAAAGGCAAGGAGGCGGCAAGCAAUCCCGUGCCUCCAAGUGGAAAGGGGAAGGAGGUAGUGAGAGACUCCGAUGACCCGAGUACAAGCGGAACGAGGAAUCGAAUCGAGAGUACGCCCGGCGCUCCAGUUGGCAACGGACCAGGUAUGCCUCCAGGAGACGGACCUCACACGCGGUCUAGGGACAGGGCCAGUACGCCGUCCGGAGACAAGGACGAAUCCCGGACUUCGAGCAAGCAGACGGCCAGUGUGCCUUCUAGGGAUCGACCGAGGACUCGGUCCAGGGGCAGGGUCAGCACGCCGUCUGAGAACAGGGCGGGCACACCAAGUCCGAGCGAAGAGAGAGCUGGCACUCCCACUGGAGACAGACCUCGCACAAGGUCUAUGGAUAAGGCCGUCACACCGUCUGAGGAUGAGGCUGGCCCACCAGCACCAGGUCCGAGCCGCGGGAGAGCAGGCACACCGAUGCCGGUCGGGCAACGAGCGGGCACUCCUUUUGCCGACGGGAAGGGUCCCCCUGGGGCAACUAGUCGGAGGAUAUCCAGCCUGGCGAUGGGGGGGCUUUCCGCAAGGUCGCGGAGCGCGAAGCCCAAAGACGUGGGUCCAGUGAGGAGCAGUAGGCUCGAUACGCUGAGAGGCAAGGACAGUCUGGAGCGCAGGGCCAAAGAGACGGCCAAAACCCAGACGAUCCGGGGAGAGAAUCGACCGGCUGCUCAUGUUGCUCUGUCGGCGGGGGAUGCUCGAACGGACUCCCGCAGAGGAUCGUCGAGAGCGCGUGAUACAUGA